AUGAUCACUGAUUUCGAAGGAGUUAUGAAAGAAAUCAACAAUUUAUCUGAAAAGAAACAACAAUUGAAUGAAUUAUUCAUGAAACAACUCGACGACAACAAACAGAACCAUGACACAAAUCCUGCGAAACAAGAAGAAAGCGCAACAAAUCAACAAAACACAUCGUCGGAGAUUCUUUAUGUACUUCAACAAUUCUUAUUCGAUACAAAUAAUAUUGGCAAUGUUGAAAAUCUAUUCCAGCAACUCAAUCGUGACUUUGAACUAAUUCGUCAUGAAUGGGAAGCACAAAAUCAAUCUGAUUCAAAAACAAUUUCCGAAGAAAACACAUCAAAAGACGAUAUUUUAUCGAACGCAUUGAACUAUCUGACAUCUAUCAAUGUUUAUCCAAACGAUAAAUUGACAAACACUUCCAAGAAGACCUUUUCUGGUCAACUCGUUGCAUGUGUCAUCUUUGUUCAUAUUGACAUCGAUCAAACAAUUCAAAGCAAAUAUAAAUUUCAACAUUGUUCAAUGAAAAGAUCGAUUUCAUUCGAAUUCGAUGGUGAAACAUUAAAAAUUCUAUUUUCCACCAUUCAACAACUCGACAAAGUCUCAAUGAACAAUUUGUUGUAUAUAUUUCGUUGA